UCUGCAAUGAAGAUAGCAAGUUUCAGGUGAGGCUCACUGCAGUGCAUUUUCAGUAAUAUGAUACGUACAAAAUGUUUGACAAUGUUUUCCCCAUACAUAAAUGUUGUCACUCUCUUAUUGACUAUUUUCCAUUUGGUAAACUUCGGAGAGACGCAGGAUUGUUCGGAAUUCGUGGGUUUGGGUGGCAGUUGCCUUUGUUCAAAAUGUUAUCCAGGCCUGGAAUGCUCCACAAACAAUAUAUGUACUCAAGUUACUUGCACCUCCAAUCAAUGGACAAACCUCCCCUGGAGGCCUUUGUGUGAUGCAAAUGGCACAUACUCGGCGAAACAGUGCAAGGGUGACAAAGCCACUGGUAGAUGUUUCUGUUAUAGUCCGGAAGGAGAGAGAAUCUUUGGAUGGUCAUGGUGGAAGAAUGCCGAUAACAUGACUUGUGCCUGCGCGAGAACAAGAGAACAAGUGAAAGCCACCAGAUUAGAUCUAUCCCUUCACUGCGAUGAAAACGGAAAUUAUGAUGAGUUGCAGUGUGAUAAUGGUUUAUGUUGGUGUGCUAGUCCAAAAACCGGACAACCUCUCGAGAGGAUUUUCCCUGAAUCUAUGAUGGAAUAUCUACCCUGUUAUAAAAGCGAUCAAGUUGGUGCGCAAUACUGGCGACAAUGCGAAAGCAAGGGAAUCGCUGCUCAGAAGAUUCUGGAAAAACUGACGGCUCGAGGACGACUGUAUUCAUUCAUUCAGGAUGCACUGUGUGAUGGUGAUGGAAGCUAUGCGCCGUUAAGAGUUGAUAGGAAAACGGUAUUUUGUACCUGGAAGAAUUCAAGCAGAAUUGACAAUUACCAAAAUCCCAUUGGAAAUGUGAGAGCCAUGAACUGCAAUUGUGCAAGAGAUACAAAAAUUUUUACUGACGAAAAAUUGGAGAACCUCCUCACCUGCGAGACGAAUGGGAAUUAUGAGGCCCUUCAAUUUAGUAAUGGGCGUCCUUUCUGUGUUGACAGCGAUGGGUAUGCAAUCUCAGGUCUUGGAGGAUGGGGAGAUUCGUGGUGUCCUACAUAAGAAUAUAUAAUGGAUUCUUCAAUUUUUCUAUUCGAUAAUUACUAUACUUUUCAAAUAAUUUUUCUAAAAUAAAAUUGAAAAAUGA